AUGUCCCCAAUUUCCCGUGUAGUUAUCGACGUAGUUAAGAAUAAAAUGAGUGGUGAACGACCAAUGCCUAAAUGUUUAUAUAUUAUUUUGAUCACAUCGUCACUCAUUAUUAUCGUAUUCUUCCUUAUCAAACAGAAUUUGGAUUAUAUUCAAUCAAAACCAUUUAAAGUAAAAUUCUGGAAUAAUGCAUUCAUUCAUGACAACUUCACUAGGGAAGAAAGAACACAAAUUAUGUGCAUUAAUGGUACUACCUCCACCAUCAUCUCGUCUUCGAGACCAGUGAAUCCAUCACAUGUUUGUCAUAAUAAAAUUUCUCAUCUUAAAUCAUACUGUGACCUAAUACCUAAUCCAAAUCAUAAUUGGGUCAGUGCUAAACGCUACAAAGAGUCCGAUCUUAUGUUUAUUAUUGUUAGUGGUGCAAAGUUUUAUCAUACUCGAGCAAUGACCGUUCGUGAUACAUGGUUAUCACGUGUGACAAACUAUUAUAUUCUAAGUUCUACACCGUAUUCAUAUUUGCCGGUGACUGUCAUUCCCAAUACGGGAGAAGAUUAUUUAUCAAAUAUGAAAAAGACAUUUUAUGGAAUGCCCGUAAUCUAUAAAGAACAGUUAGCAAAACCUGUAGAAAUGAGACAGAAAUGGUUUUAUUUGAUUGGAGACGAUACAUAUGUAAAUGUUAGACAUUUAAUCAAGAGAUUAGAUCCAUAUGAUUAUCAGCAGGCAUAUUUUGUCGGUGGUAGUUCAGGUAAGGAAGUGUGUUAUGAAGUUGAUGGAACCAGAAAUCCCAUAACGUUCGGAGGGGGUGGUGCUGGAUUAUUAUUUUCGUGGAAACUAUUUGAACUGUUACAACCAAAUUUAACCGAUUAUGUCGAUAACAAAUGGGUUAAAACAAACGCCAUGUCUGAUGUUGCAAUUGCAUGUUUAAUUCAACGAGUUGGAUACCAGCUGACCUAUGUCAACGGGUUUUGGCCCCUUACGCCGGCGAGGAUGGUUCAACUUUCAGGGCGGGCAGCUAUGAACCAAGAUCCUGAACCAAACAAUUUCCAUUAUGUUCAACCCCCAGAAAUGAUUGAUCUAGAUGAAUUUUAUUCAUUUCAAUAUAUUGAUCGAUUGGCAAAUGAUCAAAAUUUACAAGAACUGACGGAAUUUACUCGUCUAUUCGUCAAAAAAUAUUAUGAACUUGUGCGCAAAAAACAAAAAGAAUGUACACUACCGCCGAUAACCUCAUGA